CAAUGGUGUUUCUAUAAAUACAUCAUAUGUGGCUACUAUAACAUCCCUCAACCCAAACACUCCACACACACUGAGGGCAAGAGUAUCUCAAUUAAAUGGUGUGACAUCAUUCACAGCAACACAGAGUCCAUUUGGUGCACAAAAUUCUGUCAGCACAGACAAAAUUUCAGCUUUUGGUCGAGUUGUACUUUUGUCAAAAAACUUCACAUCCAACCUUGAAACAGACCAAGUGUUUAUAAACCAAACCAAUGCUGAACUACUGGCAGCAUACAAGGCAAUAUCCUCAAAUGUGGAAGAUGUUUUGAAGGUAGAAGUUGAAAACAACAGUGGGAAUGUUCUUUACCAUCAUGAGAUUGUUUUAUCUGAUCGAAAUGCAUCGGCUGCUUCAGUUAAUCCUAAUAUUACUCAACUUACACUGAAUAAUGGAACAUUGUAUUCUGGAUUCUUAGCAGCCUAUGAUUUGGCAAGAAGUCCUGGAUAUUUAUACAGAAUUCAUCCCCACACAUCCACACAAAGAAUAUUAGUAUACCGAAAUAAUGGCUUGUGCUCUCCUGUUGGUUUAGCGGACGAUACAAGAAAUUGGGUUCUGUAUUCAAAGGCUUCUGGAUCUGCACUCACUGCAACAAUUAUAACUGGCUCUGAUAGGCUACCUGGAACAGCAACCGACAUUGCAUUAACAAAUGGUGGAGUCACUUCCACUGAUGGAACAACCAACUAUUUCAACUUUUCAAGCAACACCAUAUAUGGUAUAAAACAUAGAUACACGAUAAAGUUGUGUUCAUCCAACAAUACUACAGCUCCUGUAUAUGAUCGAGUGUAUGAAGCCGCUUUCCAAAUUGCAACUUCUGUGCCUUCCGACAGAUACACAAUCUUCUACACAACAGCACCAGUUAUAUCGACGUCAACAAUCAGCAGCACACCCGGUGAUGAUGGAACCAGUGUUACAAUCAACAUUCCUCAAACUUCAAUACCCAGAGCUAUUGGCUUAACAGCGACCUUCAAUACUUCUAAUACAGUCACACUAGAUGAGGCGGACCUAGAUGGAUCAUCGGUGUACCAGAUAGUAAUGAGCAACUUACCAGUGAACAGCACACUCACAACCAAUCUUAAUGCUACUGUUCGUCAACAUACUCAAACUGCAUCAUCUGCUACAACUACAAUUGAUAUCACAACAGAUACUAACGAAUGUGCAUUGGGUACACACAACUGUCAUGCAAAUGCUACUUGUACCAACACAAAUGGAAGUUUUACAUGUGCUUGCAAUACUGGGUUUACUGGUGAUGGUGUAUCAUGUACAGAUAUUAGUGUCUGCAAAACUGGGUUUACUGGCGAUGGUGUAUCAUGCACAGAUAUUAAUGAAUGCACAUUAAAUACUGACAAUUGCGACACAAAUGCCACUUGUACCAACACAAAUGGAAGUUUUACUUGUACUUGCAAUACUGGGUUUACUGGUGAUGGUGUAAACUGCACAGAUAUUAAUGAAUGCACAUUGGGUACACACAACUGUCAUGCAAAUGCUAAUUGUACCAACACAACUGGGAGUUUUACAUGUACUUGCAAUACUGGGUUUACUGGUGAUGGCGUAUCAUGCACAGAUAUUGAUGAAUGCACAUUGGGUACACACAACUGUCAUGCAAAUGCUAAUUGUACCGACACAGUUGGAAGUUUUACAUGUGCUUGCAAAACUGGUUUUUUUGGUGAUGGUGUAUCAUGUGCAGAUAUUGAUGAAUGUACAUUGGGUACACACAAUUGCGACACAAAUGCCACUUGUACCAACACAAAUGGAAGUUUUACUUGUACUUGCAAUACUGGGUUUACUGGUGAUGGUGUAAACUGCACAGAUAUUAAUGAAUGCACAUUGGGUACACACAACUGUCAUGCAAAUGCUAAUUGUACCAACACAACUGGGAGUUUUACAUGUACUUGCAAUACUGGGUUUACUGGUGAUGGCGUAUCAUGCACAGAUAUUGAUGAAUGCACAUUGGGUACACACAACUGUCAUGCAAAUGCUAAUUGUACCGACACAGUUGGAAGUUUUACAUGUGCUUGCAAAACUGGUUUUUUUGGUGAUGGUGUAUCAUGUACAGAUAUUGAUGAAUGUACAUUGGGUACACACAACUGCCAUGCAAAUGCUAAUUGUUCCAACACAAAUGGAAGUUUUACAUGUGCCUGCAAGACUGGGUUUACUGGUGAUGGUUUUUACAUGUAUUUGCAACACUGGGUUUUCUGGUGA